UUCUCAGACAGGACUAGCUUCUUCUAAAGACGACCUCCUCCAUCGCGUCGCUUUCCAUUCCAGUAAUGUGGCGUAUCUGUGUGGCGCACCUGUAAAGAGCGAGACACGGGACAGAAAGCCGGGCUCUUUUUUUGUUUGAUUAUUUGAUUCCUUUUCUUUCUUCUGUUGUCUUUGUUUUAUUUUAUAUUUUUUUAUCUUUUCCCCCCUCUCCCUUUCUCCUCCUCCCUUUUACCUUUUUUUUUUUAAUUUCAUGCCUUUACUGAACAGAAACCAUUCCUGUGUUUUGAUUUAAUAAACAUUUUAAUUUCCUCAUUUCAUAUUGUUUGUGUUGGCUUUUUUUUUUACGUUUUAAAGUUUGAACUUAAAAAAAAAAAAAGCAAGAGAGAAAGAGGGCGCGGAAUCCACAUCAUUUGAUCAGGUGUUUCAUUCAGAGACUAUUUGCCCCCCCAAGGACGUCUCUAACUUUCCUUUAUAGAAACGACGGCAACUCCAAACUAACAUGGCAGUCAGACUGUGCGAUGUGGCUUCUCUGCUUAGAAGUGGUUCGUGGGCUCCUGAGCCUUGGACUGGGCAGGUAAUUGCGACCAUGGAAACACAGAUGUCCAAUGGGCCAACGUGCAACAACACGAGCAAUGGUCCCUCAACAAUGUCAAACAACUGCUCCUCACCUGUAGAGUCGGGGAGCAUAGAGGACAGUAAAACUAACUUGAUAGUCAACUAUCUGCCUCAGAACAUGACCCAGGAGGAGCUCAAGAGUUUGUUUGGAAGUAUUGGAGAAAUCGAGUCCUGCAAACUGGUUCGAGACAAAAUCACAGGGACUUCAUGGUACAGCAGAACGGAUGAGUUAGCAGGGCAGAGCCUAGGUUAUGGAUUUGUCAAUUAUGUGGACCCAAAAGAUGCAGAGAAGGCCAUAAAUACCUUAAAUGGCUUAAGACUUCAGACUAAAACCAUCAAGGUUUCUUAUGCGCGGCCAAGCUCUGCCUCCAUCAGAGAUGCAAAUUUGUACGUUAGUGGCUUACCAAAGACCAUGACACAGAAGGAACUAGAGCAGCUCUUCUCUCAAUACGGACGCAUUAUUACCUCACGUAUCCUGGUGGACCAAGUCACUGGCGUUUCCAGGGGCGUCGGCUUCAUCCGUUUUGACCGGCGAGUUGAGGCUGAGGAGGCCAUAAAGGGUCUGAACUGUCAGAAGCCACCAGGUGCAACUGAACCCAUUACAGUCAAGUUUGCAAACAACCCGAGCCAGAAGACCAGCCAGGCACUGCUGUCUCAGCUGUAUCAGUCGCCCAAUCGAAGGUACCCAGGACCCCUCGCACAGCAGGCACAACGCUUCAGGUUGGACAAUUUGCUGAACAUGGCCUAUGGAGUCAAAAGUCGGUUCUCACCCAUGGCAAUCGAUGGGGUGACCAGUCUGGCUGGAAUCAACAUCCCGGGUCACGCAGGCACUGGCUGGUGCAUCUUCGUCUACAACCUGGCUCCAGACGCAGACGAAAGCAUCCUCUGGCAGAUGUUUGGGCCGUUCGGUGCCGUCACAAACGUCAAGGUCAUCCGUGACUUCAACACAAACAAGUGCAAAGGAUUCGGCUUUGUCACCAUGACUAAUUACGACGAGGCGGCGGUGGCCAUCGCCAGCUUGAACGGAUAUCGCCUUGGGGACAGAGUUCUGCAAGUCUCUUUCAAAACUAACAAAACACACAAAGCCUAAACUCCCCUCACUAAGAUUGUUUCUAGAAAACUGAACACGAAAAAAGGGAAAUUGAAGCUUAUUGACCAUAACUUUCUACAUUAGUAAAACAGCUUUGUAAUCGAUAUUUAGAGUCCUACAUUGUUUUUGUUUUUCCACCAUUGCUAAGCUUUGAAUAUUUCCAUUAGUUUAAUACAGAAAAAAACUCUUCAGGUUUUAAAACCUGUGACAUUGAAUCUCUUGCCGUCUUCGGAUGAUUACCUAUAAGGUUACUAAAGUUUCUUGAUUUUUCCUCGCACAUUACUUUGAUACAGUCUCGUAAAGCUAUGUGUUGUGACUUUUCUUUGUGUCCUGAUUUGCCAUCGGUGCGUUAAUGCUUUGAGUGGUUAGCGAGUACUUACUUUGAGCCGUUUCUGUUAUUUUAUUGUACUGAGUUGGUAAUUGGUUGGCUGCAUAAUGUUGCUUCUUGUAAACCUAACGCAUAAAAAGACAAAAAAAAUUCUUAAAGCAGUACCUUGCCAAAGAGCUAAGAACCUCUUUGAUGUGGGUUUAAAAAAAGCAUCUAUUUUUAUAAAAAGAAAAUUUGGAGAAACUUUUUACUGGACCUGGAACAAAAUAUUUUGACUUGGAUACUUAGAGAAAUAUCUUCAUAUGACACCUUGUGAGCUUUUGAACUUUAAAUGGAAAGUUUGCAGUGGCUGAUGUUUCUGGAGAGAUUUAUGAAGUAAAAGAUACCUUUUGAGAUCUUUGUAUUACCUUUAGAUUACAGAAUCGGCACCAGUGCUGGUUUCAUUUGUAAGUCAUCUUGUGGGUCUUUCUUCAACCCUGGUCGUCUGCUCGACUAAAAAUUCACUUUUCCGAUUAGAUUUGGAAACGGGGGCGGGGGGAAAAAAAAGAUAAAACUAGUGCAAGCAAAAUUAGAGUAAGGAGAGAUCUUAAAAGGUUAUGGGGGAUUAAAAUCAGUUCUUCCUGUAAGAUUUCUGUCAGAUGGAGCUCAAGGUGUUUUUGUGGCGUAUCUACGGUAUCGGACAGAUUUUUGUCUUAAUAUUGAACAUUGGGGGUUUUUACAUACUUUGUAAGAAAGAUUGUUGACAAGUUGAUGAUGGUGGAGGCACUUAAAAAGAAAGCCAGAAGAAUCAAAGGGAUAACUUCAGAGCUGUGUAAAUAAGACUUUUUUUUACAUUGUAUUAAGCAGACCUUUUUGUUCUAGGUUAGACUUUGUUGGAAAGUGUGAUUAUACUUUUUGUUUUUUGUUUUCAUUCACCGAGUAUGUAAGAUAUUGUUUUUGAAAGCUUUUAUUUCCUUUAGGUUAAAAGAUGUUGUCCUAUGGACUAGCAUUUCAGUGCAUCAAAUAUGUUGGUUGUUUGGUUUGUAGAUAGUCUUGCUUUGUUGAAAAAAGAAAAAAAAACUAUUAAAAGUAUAGACAUUUGUUUUUUUAAUAUAUAUAUAAACAUUAGAUAUAUAUAUAUAUAUAUUUAUGUGGUAAAGAAUGGAUAUAAACCACAGUUUGGAAAAAACUUUGCUUUCUUUCAUACUCGUAUAUACGUAAUGCAUAUAACCUGUCUUUGAAAUCGUAAAAAGGUGUAUAUUGCUUUAUAAUGUUUGGGGAAGAAAAGCGAAGCAGUUGUAUUAACAUCCAGAGAAACAAUGAAAUUAAAUUGGCUACAAAAUUCCCGGAAACGAGAUCAGCGUGACCAAACAUCUAGACGCACAGACUACUGAACCUGCAUCCUGCUUGGUGUUUCAGCCAGUUACUAGUCAUGCUUGCCCCCUCAAACAAGCAGUGUGCUAUGCAUAGAGUUCUUUGCAACUGCUUUUUUUUCUUUUAUCUAUUCCUCCUUUUGUUGUUACUUGUAAAAUUUAAACUUUAAGUCGAGAUGAGUUGUGGUACUUGCUGCUGUGGGGGGAGACGAGGAGCACAUUUUUCACGCCGCCGUUGACCUCUCCCAUUUUGAAACCUUUUGAGGAUCGUUUGGUCCUUGCCAAUUCUGCUGAUGGUCUGGCGUGAAAAACCGCUCCCUCCAAAACCGUCCUAUCUCACUACUUAAUGGGAAUAAUUAUUUAUUUGAAGUUGUAUAGUCUGACUUGGUUUACAGCCUUUUUGGAUCAGAAUAUCUUUUGUUGACUAUUUAAGAGGAUGUAUAUGUUCUUUACUUUGUGUUUGGAUACUUUGGAUUUUUUUCAGUGUUCAGUACAUCAAUAAAUACAUUUGAAGGGCAAA